CGCGGGAGCCCGCCGAGGAUAUUUGUGGSCUUGCAGAACUGGAAGAAUGCCGUAGCGACAGCGUUUGUUCAGGCAAAUGAAGCGAUCCAUGUCACCGCUGUUGAAGCGAUGCGUUGUGCAGCUGCACAAUUGUGCAGAUGAGAUAACUGGUGUAGAAUGGUAUCGUGGCCCUCGCUACUCGAUUAUAAAAGCACUCAAGGGUCUACAGGAUUUGGAUAUAACACUGGACAUCCUAAUGGAAACUGGUAUAGGCAAAACAGUUAACAGUUUCAGGAAACAUGCCACUGCUGGGAAGGUGGCUAAAUCCCUGGUAAACCAAUGGAAAAAACUUAUUCCUCCAGAAAGUGAAAGUAGUCACAGAGGCAAAAAACAAAAUACUGAAAAAGAAAAGCAGGAGACAAAAUCUUCCAUUUCCAAGGAGAAUAAACCUUCAGAGAAGUCCAAAGCAUCUGUACAGGCCUCCAAAAGCUCUCCUGUUUCUGAAAAGCUGAAGAAGGAGCAUUCUUCUAUGGAAAACAAGCACAGAAGUAGAGAUUCUGAGUCUCACAAGGCAUGUUAUAGUAAAGAAGGUGGCAGCAGUGGGUCUAAGCAUGCUGCCCGUGGUGCCAAUGCUAAAGCUAAAAACAGUAGCUUUAAAGAAAGAACCUCCACAGACAGCAAAAAACUUUCAGAGAAACAAAAUUCUGUUGUAGUAGCCAAUAAAGACUUAUCCCASCUGAAGGAAAGGACUAGUAAAGGUGCUUCCAAGCAGAAAAAUCCUGAACCUGUGGAGAAACUGAACCCAAAACCUGCCACCAGAAACAAAGCUGAGUUAUCCAGUGAUGAGGAAUUUGAGCCCCCUACUAUGUCCUUUGAAUCCUAUCUCACUUAUGAUCAGGUUACAAGUAAAAGAAAGAGGAAGGCUUCCUCAGGUAAACAGCCAAAGAAGCCCAGCGAGCAGAAGAGUAACUCAUUAGCACAAAGCACUUCAAAAUAUCCAGGUGCAAAAGCAGAAGGUGGACAGCGAUCUGAGGAUGAUCCCUCGGAAAUUCCCAAUAAAAAGGCCAAGGUGGCAUCCCUCCAGGAUCUUCUUAAUACUCCACUGCCUAAGUUUCUGCCAGACAUCUCAGUCUCUUCUCCCCCAUAUGCUCCUGAGUUUAAGGCACCUGUUGUAGGAACCCCCCAGCAAGUCAGUGAGGCCGUUCAAUUCACGGGACGGAGACUGAACUCUAAAAUGCAAGUUUACUCUGGCUCUAAAACAGUGUGUCUCUCAAAGAUGCUCACGCUGUAUGAACAGUGCAUCCGCGUGCUUCAAAAUAAUAUUGACUCUCUGCAUGAAGUAGGGGGUGUGCCCUUUGAAAUCCUCGAGCCUGUGCUAACACGGUGCACACCAGAGCAGCUGUUUCGUAUAGAGGAGAGUAAUCCGACUUUCACAGAAGAGUCAGAUCACUUAUGGAAGAGACAUUGUCAGAGAGAUUUUAAGAAUGAGAGCCUCCUGGAAUAUGAAUCUUGGCGUGAGAUGUACUUGAGGCUCUUCAACCAAAGAGAAGAAAAGCUGAAGAUGCUUACGAAAAACAUCCUCUCUGCUCAGUCUGAGAAACCCAAAGGCCGUCAAGUGAAGAUGGCUUACAUGAACAGUGCAGCAAAGCCACCCAGGAACGUUCGCCGGCAGCAAGAAAUCCAUGGGACAGCAGGAUCCGUCACUCAGCUUCAUCCCCUGGAGAAGCACAAAACAAGGAUUCCAGAAAUCAGAGACAGAAAUAGCACUUCAUCAAAUCCCAGCUCUACUGCCAACACUGGAAACUCCAGCUCAAGYGGAGUGACUCAGGAUGGGAAGAAGACUGUAAAAAGAAUUGCGCCAAUUAUGAGGAAGACUUUGAAAGCAUUGAAGAGUAGAGCUGGGCGACGGUAAAACGAGGUUAUGUAUUUGAAGCUUAUGUAAAUACUYGUAUCAUGUUACAACUCAAGAAAUUUAACUAGUUAAUACAAAUCUCUU